UUAACCCAAAAUCGUGAAUUUAAAAAUAAUCCUUUUGUGUUGAUAAUAUCGUGUGAUUAAAAUGCGUUCCGCGGAUAUUAAUCUGGUGAAGGCCAAGCUGGGGCAGCGUUUGAACCGGCUGCGCCGGAACGAAGAUCCGGACGAGCAGUUCCGGCUGCUGAAGCGCUAUCUGUCACAUUUCGUGAAGCUGUUGCAAUGCGCGGGGAGGGUUUUUGAGGGGUCCUUUGCGGACCACUUGCAGCUUGUUGUGAGUCACUUGACCGACCGUCGUCGCAAUUCCGUGGACGUGGAGGUGCUGGCCGGGAUCAUCAAGACCAUUUGCGUGAUUGGAAGUAUCACGGCCGUUCCGUACCAGACGAUGCUGGUUGCGCUGCUGCACCUGUUGGAGAUCUUCGAGCGGAUUUCGGCCAAGGAGACGGUGGCCAGCCUCGAGAUUUGCCAGAACCAUUUCAACAAGCUGAUUCAUCAGAUUCGACGCCUCGGCUAUUACGCGAUCCACCAGCAGCUGGUCGAGUUGGUUUUCGUGUGCUCGCAGGCGUUUGGCGAUUCGCCCGAGCGGAAGCGAUUCGUGCAGCACAUGGGCAAGUCGAUCGGAGGUCCGUGGGACGUUUUGACCACCUGGAAGCCGGCGCAGUUGGAAAAGGAAUGUCGCAGCUUUCUGGUGGAUCUGCAGCAGCAGUCUCGCAUCACCAACGUGUACUCGCUGCAGGUCGAGAGCUGCUCCGCGGGCAAGUCUCGGCUGGUCAAAUCCAACAAGGGCGGCGAAAAGCUGUGGUUGGACUUCAACUACAGUCCUCGCACGAUUAACUUCACUACGGUCAUUCCGGAAAAGCAAGAGUCAAACGGCACGUUGGAGCUGGAGAUCAAACACCAAGACAUAACCGGAAUCGAUCUGAUCAGCUCUCGUCUGCUGAAGAUCACCUACAAAGACAUCCUCGUCGCCCCGAGGAAGCUGAACGUCGCCAAGUCGGGCUGGCUGGAGUUCCAACUCCCCGUCGAUCUCGACCUCCAGCACUUCAUCGACGAAACUCUGCCGCAGUUCCGAACGGGCGCCGCCCCAGCAAGCCAAGAACCACAACUCCCCAACGACAGUCACCUCGAAAACCUCCUCAACAUCUCGAUGCUGGAGUCCAUUGAAUCGGAGCCAACCGGCCAACGCACCACCAACAGCAACCUGGACGAGUCGCAGCGCCUGCGCGACAACUGCGACACCAUCGAGCGCCACCGGAACAUCCGGCGCGAGCUGCUGAACGAAUCGAGCGAGAGCAACAAGGAGAACGAAGUUCCAAACGUUGGUAAUGUACGCGUGGUUCUGCAGGACGUUCAGCGGCUGCGCGUGUUCGAACAGCUCCGGACGGAAUGUCAACAGCAGCAGCAGCAGCGGCAGCAACAACGGCCACCCUCGAAGCGGGAAAGGGUUGAAUCUGGAAGUGAUUCGUCAAUCUGCGUUUGGUUGCCGACUGAGAAGGAGAAGGAAAAGUCGGCGGACGUAACUGGAAACAGUUCGAGCAAGAAGCGCAAGCUGUUCUUGAGACAGAGUGUGGAAGAAGAUUUGAACGAGAGCAAGGACUCGCAGCUGCAACGCAACAAGUACGUGGAGGGCAAGCUGAUCAACACGGUGAAGCCGCUGAAGGCCAUCGAGGAGGACAUUGUUCACUUGAGCAGGUCCGAGGUGCUGGACGUGACCGGAUCGUCCGAUUUGAUGUCGUCGGAAGAGUUGGAGCAGUCCGUGCAGGCGUACAUCGAGAACAACGGGACGUUUGGCAUCGCGCAGCAGAAAGUGCUGGACAAGAAGUUGGAGCAGAACAUCCGUAAAAUCAACCAGAUGGUGGACCGAUCGGCGCUGCGAUUCUUCAAGCGGGAUCCGGCGCCGGAGAAUCCGUACGACUUCAACGAGCCGGACGAUGGCAGCUCGAAGAAGCGCAAGGGACGCAAGUCGGUCUCCGGCAAGAAGCGCAAGCCAGCUGGCGAAGGCAGCAAAGCUGCCAAAAACACUGCGAACGCGUCACGGCGCCGUAAGUCUACCAAGGAAGUGAAGCCGAUUCCGGAGCCAAGUCGGUUGUCGCUGCCCCGAGCCAAGAAACCUACCAAGAUCAUCGACCUGAACAGCGACGACGAAAACGAGGACGUUGGCCCGGACACGUUCCAGCACCUGCAGAUUUCCUCGAUCGAGCCGAAGAAAGAGGCCAAACAGCGCGCCAACACGGCGACGGUGGCCAAGCAGCUCUUUGCCAAAUCUACGCCGAUCAACGACAGUCUGGGCGGAAUUGAGCAAAUCGCGCAGGACUCGCGUAAUGGCAAAACGUUCGUGGUCGAACCAAAGUCGGCUCCCAAGCGAGAGCGCGUGCCCCUCGUCGAACCGACCGUAAUGCUGCGGCGAGACUACAAGAAAUCCCAACAAACGAACAGCUUGAUGGUGGAGAAGGCUGCGGCGUUGAUUUCCGCCGAGAAGGAGAAAAAAGCCAACCAGAUGCCGUCUCCUGCACAGUCGGAGCACAGCUCCGAGGCGGCCAUUUCGAUCUUCGUCCCCGCACCGGGCCGCGUCGAGCUCAAGCGUGCGUCCAAACCCAGCGAACCCUCGCCGCUCACGGAAGAAACGCUUCGACAGUGCAACCCACCCGGAAGCAACGACGUCUCGGUGCCGAUUUCGGUGGCGGCCAACGCCAGCGGAACCGCCCCGAACACGUCCACCGAGGGCGGCUUCAACUUCCAGUUUGCCAAGCGCAAGUACAUCCUGUCCAAGUUCAUCUCGGAAGACAAAGAAGCGGAAAGCGAGCAGUCGUUUGCGAGCAUUGCGGCGCCAGAUUGCAGUUUGGACAUGCGCGUUGGAACCGCCGCAGCUAGGCCGCCUUCCUCGCUGGGAGACGACUUGCCCGAGCAGAGAAGUCGCUCGCAAUCGCCGUGCUAUCCGCAGCUGGUGGAGCACCAGUCGCCGGAGCAGAACAAGCGUAAGAGGGUGCGUAGCGAGGAGGUUGAACAAGCUCCGGUCGUCAAACAGCCGCGUCGACCUGCAGCCAACCGCGAGGUGGUGCCGGUGCCGAAGCCCGUAAUCAUCUCGGUGACCCAGAUCGCCACCAAGUCGGAACGACCAACCAAGGUUGGCCGCACCAUGCUGGACCGAUUCAUGGCCAGGAUCCGCCAGGAGCUGGAUCCGUCGCUGAAUGAGUUGGAAAAGAAGGUGAAGCAUUUGAACGAUAUCGGCAGUAUCGUUCAUCGCGUUUCCACCAAUCUCCGCGCGAAGGAAAUUGGCGAGAAGUGCGCCGCUAUCAAGGAGUUGGAGGCGCAGCUGGACAAGGCGCACGCCGAGCUGGUGCAGAUGGGCCGCGAGUUUAUCGAAGCCAACGAGAGCCAGGCCAAGAUCGUCAGGAAGCUGGCCGUGUACAACGAGCGUAAGCGGGAGCAUUACGAAGAGCAGAUCCGGGCCGGCCAGAACGAGCUGCCGGCGAUUGCGAAGGAUUGUGUGCGCGAUGUGUGGAACGAGCAGAUGCAGAUGCGGUUCAACCAGCUGCGUGAGCUGUUUAACAACUCGUUGAUGUGAGUUGAUGGCUCUGGUGGUGGUGGAUUUCAAUUGUACAUUGUUGAUGAUA